UUGGAGAUGAACUGGAAGAACUGCCAUUUUGCGAGAGGAUGCUAUUUUGGCUACUGUUAUUCAAACUCAUAAACCGUAAAUAUUCAAUACUCAAUACUCAAAUCCAUCCUGUGCAUACACUGAGCUUUUUUUCACAAAUAUAAUGAAGGCUUCGUUACUACUUUUCAAAGCAUUGGCAAAAAAUGAAAAUAUAGCAGUGGUUGGAGGAGGUAUCUCGGGAUUAUCGUAUGCCUAUUUUUUGACCAAACUACGACCAGACUUGACAGUGACAGUCUUCGAGGAAUCAAAUAAAACUGGAGGCUAUAUAUACUCCCCAAUUGGGUACAAGAAAGAGCUACCUCUCAAGCACAAUCUAAAUGGUGCUGUUGAAGAAAAUUUCGAGAAAAUUUUAUUUGAAAAAGGACCAAGAACUUUGAGAGGGAAAUCAGAUGGAACAUUGAUUAUAUUGGACCUAUUGCAUCGAUUCAAAUUAACUGAUCAAGUCUACGCGAUCCCCAAAGACUCAAUUGCCAACAAGAAAUAUCUACUUUCUAACGGCAAUAAACUUAUUGAGGUUCCAAACUCGUUUCUUCGCAAUCCCAUUGUUUUGUUAAAAUUUUUAAUGUCGCCAGUGUUUCAGUUUCGAAAAGCAAUGGUUAAUUUAAUUUGCGAAGUAUUUCGAAGAAAGAAAGGCUGGAGUGACAGCAAGAUGGACGAGUCGGUUGAAUCAUUUUUAAAUCGAAGACUUGGUAAAGAAUUAUCCAAUAUUGCUAGUGCAGUUUAUCAUGGGAUAUUUGCAGGAGACAUUGGAAAAUUGUCUAUUAAAUCGCUAAUGCCGGGGAUGUAUCAAAUAGAAAAACAUGGCAAUUCACUAGUUGGGAUUACUUUACUCAAUACCAAAAGAAAUUUACUAAGUAUCUUUAUAAGUGAGCAAGAAAAACGAGUUGCUAAACAAAAGAGAAAUGACAACUUAUUAUCAAAGGACAUCAAAAAAUAUGAAAAGUUUUUUUUCAACAAAGAUCUAAAUCUAAGUAAAUUAUCAGUUUUAUUGAAGAGUAUUCCGAUGAUAUCGUUCAAAAAUGGAUUACAAUCGCUAACAACAGCGUUGGGUGAAAACUUUAGCCUCUCGAAUUCAGGAAAAAAUAGAAUUUUAACAGAAAAUGGGAUCACCCAGAUUGAUAUCAGUGAGGAGCGUAACAAAAUUAUUGUGAAUAACCAAUAUGAAUUUGAUUAUCUUAAGAGUACAUUAAACUCUCCAAAAUUAGUGAAAAUCUUGGAAAAUAGUACGGAAAAUCUUGAAAAGAAUGGCAAAAUUAGAAAUUUAAUUGAGCUCAUGAAAAGAAUCAAUUACGUGACAGUUUGCGUGGGUAAUAUUUACGUUCCCAGACAGGAUUUAUUAAAGAGUAAUCAUGGAUUUGGAUAUUUGAUCCCUAAAAACUAUGAAAAACAAACCAAUAAUAAAGAAAAGCUCUUAGGAGUAAUAUUCGAUUCAGAUAUAGAAAAAUCACGAAAAUUACUUUUCAAUGAGCAAAUAAGCAGGAAAUUAACAAACGAAGAAUUACCAAAUAAGGAUAAAAUCGAUAAAAGUGCAAACAAUAAAUUGUUUUACACAGAUGUGAAAUUUCCUGAAUUGGAACUAGAUUUUAAUAAAGAGCAGUUGGAUUAUACUAAAAUCACAGCCAUAAUGGGAGGACACUAUUGGUCGCCUAGUAGUAAUAACCAAGAUGUUGAUAAAUACGAUAACGAGGAGAAUGUUCCAUCCAAGUCCAUUGCACUCAAAAUGAUUAAGCUGGCUGUUUCCAAGCAGUUGAAUAUCGAGUUGGAUGACAUUAAAGAAAAGCUCAUUGAACUAGAGAUCGUCAAAAACGCCAUUCCUCAGUAUGAAGUUGGAUUUAUAGAAUUAAGGGAGGAGAUUCACCAAAAGGUCUGCGAGAUCUACAAGGACAAGGUCAAGCUAGGAGGGAUGAGCUUUUCCAAUGGGAUUGGAGUGCCAGACUGUGUUCUAAAUGGAUUUACAGAAGCAUUGGCAGAUUCAGGGAUAGAAGAGAAGGAGGAGCCAGACAAGUAGGAAAAAAACAGCUUCUGCGAUGGCUCUGCUGCCAGAAGAAUCAAUAAAGGGUAUAUACUUGAUGAUACUCAUCCAGCCAGAAGAGAAUAA